AUGGUGCGGUUCAAGAACAGGUACGUGCUCUGCGAGGUGGUCUCGGAGGACCCGCGGUGCCGGCAGUGCAUCGAGGACCGCGCGCUGGGCCUCGCCGUCAGAGACGCCAUCGCACGGGUGCACGGGGACUACGGCCUGGCGUGCUGCUCCAUCUCCUUCACAGUGAAGUACCUGAACGCCUACACCGGGACGGUGCUGCUGCGGUGCCGCAAGGACUCGUACCGGCUGCUCUGCUCCGCGCUGCCCUUCGUGCGCUACCUGGAGAGCCGCGCCCAGCGCUACCCCUGCUUCCUCAACACCCUGCACGUCGGAGGUACCAUAAGAACGUGUCAGAAAUUUCUGAUUCAGUAUAACAGAACACAGCUGCUGAGGUUGUUGCAAAACUGUACAAAUGAAGAAGAAAGACAAUGUAUACAGAAGUCCUUGUUGAGCUGUUCCCUUACAGAAGAGCAGUCUCAAAGUGGAGAUGAGGAGGAAGAUGAUGGCACAGAGACAGACUGAACGUCACUUGUUACUGUUCACCUCCAUUCCAUACUCGUUUAAUCAAGAUGUGAUUAAAGAUGGUUAUCUUCAGUGUUCAGCAGUG